CCACUCAUCUUCAAUUCUCUGAUACUCAUAUAUAUAUAUAAACCUACUUAAUUAAUUAUAUAUACUUGUAGACGGAAAUGGCAGGUGGUGAGGAGGUUGUGCUGUUGGAUUCAUACGUAAGCAUGUUUGGGAUGAGGGUAAAGGUAGCUUUAGCAGAGAAGGGGAUCCAAUACGUGCACAAGGAAGAGGACUUGAGGAAUAAGAGUCCUCUUCUCCUGGAGAUGAACCCGGUUCACAAGAAAAUUCCAGUUCUGAUUCAUAAUGGCAAACCGGUUUGCGAGUCACUCAUCAUUGUCCAGUAUAUUGAUGAAAUCUGGAAGGACAAGUCUCCCCUCUUGCCCUCUCACCCUUACAGCAGAGCUCAAGCUAGGUUCUGGGCUGAUUUUAUUGACAAAAAGAUUUAUGAUUGUGGGAGGAGAAUAUGGGCAACAAAAGGGGAAGAGCAAGAAGCAGCCAAGAAAGAGUUGAUAGAUUGCCUAAAGCUAUUGGAAGGGGAAUUGGGAGAUAAGUCCUUUUUUGGAGGGGAAAGCUUUGGGUUUGUGGAUGUGGCUCUCAUCCCAUUCUACACUUGGUUCUAUACUUAUGAGAAACAUGGGAAUUUCAGCAUAGAGGCACACUGCCCUAAGCUUGUAGGAUGGGCCAAAAGGUGCAUGCAGAAAGAGAGUGUCUCCAAAUCCCUUGCUGAUCCUCACAAAAUUCAUGACUUUGUCAUCCAGAUGAAGAAGAGGCUUGGCAUUGACUAGCCACCCAGAACGUACAACUAUAGACAUACAAUAAAUAAUAUAAUGAAUCAAUAAAAUAUAUAAUAAAUUGAUCAGUUAUAUAUAGCAGAUCAGAAUGUUGUGCCAUGUCUUUUGGCACAUUGUUGUAGGUUUAAUAUGUAGCAUGCAUGUAUGCUUCUCCACAUUCAGGAAAAUAAGCAAAUGUUAUAGUAGUGUUCUUCCCUCCACUAAAAUAUAAAGGGAAGUAUACAUAUUCUGUUUUACUACUUAGCUUGCACUAUAAUGAGAAUAAAGUUUGGUCCAUA